AUGUCGAAGCUGAGCCAGUUCUAUCAUAAACAGGACGACACGGACUCUACGCUUGGCGACGAGCUGGAAUCAGUCACAACGUCGAUCAACUCCACCGUCACCGAUUACAAGUACGAAUACGGACGUCGAUACAAUGCUUUCUCCGAAGACAGAUAUCCUCUCCCAAACGACGACGAUGAGAUUAAACGACUCGAGCUCCAGCACAAGAUUUGGAGGAUCUUCCUCAGCGACAGAGCAGGUCUUGCACCGAUCAGUAGUGUAGAUGCCCGCAACGCGUUAGACAUUGGCUGUGGUACGGGCGCCUGGGCCAUAGAUUUCGCGGAGUCGCAUCCAGAAUGCCAUGUAAUCGGCACUGACCUUUCACCCAUUCAGCCGACUCUCGUACCACCCAACGUCGAAUUCCUCAUCGAUGAUGUGACAUCAGACUGGCUUUACCCAACCAAGUUUGACUACAUCCACUCUCGCAGCCUUCAAGUCGGAAUCAAAGACUGGAACAAACUCCUGACGGAAGUCUGGAAUCAUCUUGAGCCUGGAGGUUGGGUCGAGUUUCAGGAAUACCACUGGCCAUUCAAAUCCGACGAUGGGACGAUCGAAAAGUUCGGUCCCAACUUCAAGCUCUGGAAUGAUGGCAUCACGGCGGCGAGCGAGAAGGCGGGUACAAAGCUUGAUGCGAUUCUGAGAGCGCCGGAUUUGAUGAAAGACAUGGGAUUCGUGGACGUGCAGUAUCUGGGUAGUAAGUGGCCAGUAGGCAAUUGGGUGAAGGGAAAGAAGAAGAAGAAGAUAGGCACGUUAUUCCAGCAGGAUAUGAUUGAUGCGCUGGAAGGCGUCAGUAUGAGAAUGUUCACGAAGCUGCUGGGCUGGAAAUCGGAGGAUGUCUUCAAGCUCAUUGAUGAUAUCAAAGGGGAGCUGAAGGAGGGCAAGAUGCAUGUCUAUCUGCCAAUGGACUUUGUGUGGGCGCAGAAGCCAUUUGAAGCAGACGAGGGUAGAGCAGAUGCGAUGGAAAUGGACAACACCGGCUGA